AUGUCACAACCGCCCGCUCGUUCCCAAUCACGACCGGCAUCCGUUGCACCUUCAGAUCACGAGCAACACUCUCCUGUUCGUGAGCGAUCUCGUCCUGCCAAUGGCAGAAGCCCUACUCCUAGAAGGCUAUCUCCAUACAACUCUGAAGCUGAGUCUCCGGUCCCUUCCCGUCGUCGUCGGCGCCGGGGAAAGGAUAGAGACCUUUCGGCACUUCAAGAAGAGGAGAAUGACAGACAGGUCGCGAGGGGGGCACAGGACGCGGUCGCCAGAGGCCAUGAUGGGCCACGAGAAGCUGAACGCAGAGGAGCGGAUGAAGACGACAUGGGAGACAAACCUCUGAAACUCCGUCUCGAUCUUAACCUCGACGUCGACGUUGAACUUCGUGCCAAGGUACAUGGUGAUGUUACCCUCGCCUUGCUGUAA